GAUCCACAAGUCAAUGGGAACUCCAAUAAAAAAUCAGAUGUCUCGUUUCUUCUUCCCAUUAAAAUUAGCAUAACAGGUCGAGGCUUACCUGUUAGUGAAAAUAAGCUUAUUUGUAUUGUAAAAAUGUUACUUUUUGUUUCUUCUAUGUGAAAAACCAUAAACAAGAAAGAUCAGAGAGAACCAAGACAUAAGCAGGAGUUGUAUGUUAAUUCAUAGUCAAAGCCUACAUUCCUUCGCUCUUUGAUCGGUUGGAUUUCCAUCAACAUGAUGAACCGUCACAGUAUUGUAUCUGUGACACAAAGUGAGCCUUCAAAAGGGGUUCCACAGCCAUAUUGUAUACCAGUACAUGACUUUUUGAGUAUUGGAUCAGAAGGGAAGAGUUUGCUGGUCGGAGAAUGUUCAUCUCCGCACCCCUCGCCUUUCAUACGGACAGAGUCUCUUGGUUCUCCUUUCAUUGGAGCAGCUUCUACGCAUCCUCCUAAGUUCUACUACGGGUCCGAGUUGAACAGUCCUGCAUCUCCUGGUUCUCAUACUCAUCAUGCUAAGAAUGCGUUUUCGCGCUCUUCUGUAUUCUGUACCAGCUUAUACCAGUCAUCUUCGUCAAGUUCAGAAACCCAUCGGCAGCUUGGGAAUUUGCCAUUCCUUCCACCUCCAACAUGCAACCAGUCUAGUUCUGCGGUUGAUACCAAAUCUCCACUGAUUUUUAGUGGGGAUAUAACCAAUAACGAAUAUGGCAACGACGAAUCGGAGGAUCUCCUGAAGGACUUUCUUAACUUACCAGGGGAUGCAUCGCAGAACAGGUUUCACAGUCUGACCUGUGCAAGUGACAGUCUAGCACUCACUGAGCAACUGGAGCUGCACUACUUAUCAGAUGACCUUGAUAUAGCCAUCACUGACCAUGGAGAAACUCCCGGAGUUGAUGAAAUAUAUGAAACGCCCCAAGCUCCGUUAAAACCUUCCAUAGAAUUGAUGUGCAACCAGAGUCAUCGCUCUGCAGCACCACCGCCAAUU